AUGAACGAGCUUUGGGACAUUGCUUUCGAGCAGUAUCGAGGUUCCCUCGGCGUUGAGGCCCACGAUGAGACCGUUGCGUGGUUUCUGAGGCUUGAGGGGCCAGUGACCAGCGAAAUCGUUCUGGACAAGCUUGAGGCGGCUUCGGCGCAUCUGAGGGGCAGGCGGCGAGUAAACAAAGCGGCGCGUCGUUUCAAGGAGAACCUGAAACCCAUCAUCGGAGGGCUCGUUGUUCUGCUUGACGCAGCCGCUGAAAUUGCAUCGUCGCUGGGCGCGCCUGGAGGGAAAGGCAUCUUCGCGGCUGUAGCUGUUCUGCUGAAAGCUGCUGAUCGAGUGAGUGCGACCUACGAGAACCUCGAGAAGUUAUUCGAGCGCUUCCGAGUGUACAUUGAGCGCCUGCAAGUUCGAAUCCGGGUACCUCUGAAGUCACAGUCGAGCGAGAUAGCCGUGAGAGCGCUAGUAGAAAUGCUCAAGGCGUUCGAGCUCGCAACCAAAAUGCUACGGAAGGGUCGUAUUCGACACUUCCUGGACGCGCUCUUCUCUACAUCGGAUGACCUGGAGGAUGCGAUGCGGACGCUCGAGGAUGUGACGACUGACGAGGAAAGAAUGGCCAUAGCCGAACUGGUUUCCGACGUACAUCAUCUAUCAUCGGAGAUGCAGGAAGUCAAAGCUUCAAUCUCGAUGGUCGUUCAAGACCUUAACUCUGUCCAACCCAUAUCGCAAAGCAUGAGCGCCGCACUUCAGAGUCAGAACGGCUUGAUCUUAGGCAUGCUGCACACGCUUAUCGAGCGCACGGAUCCAGCAACGUCGACUCGCUUGAUAGUUGCCUCCCCAGCUACGCAUACUCAAGAACGGGAUGUCCUUUGCAACGCAACAUCACGGCAUCUAGUAUCAUCUUCAACUACAACGCGCGCGGGCCCAUCGUCAUGCAUCUCCCUGAUAGCGUAUGCCACCUCCAGAUUCAGACACGAGUACCAAGAUGUGCUCUUACGCGGGCUUUCCAUCCUUAUCUCCCUGGCAAUUGAUGUCGUCAACAGCAACGUUAGCAAGUCUUUGACCGGCCUCAACUCGGCCGAAGUUGCCGGAGCGGUCAUGCCGACCGCCUGGUUGUCCAUCUUGCUCCUCAUCGUCUGGAGACACAACUGUAUUUGGCGACCCCUGGGCCGUGCGUCUGGGAGUAUAGUCAUUGUGGACAUGCUCGGAGACGUUAUCACCUUGAAUGGUGAUACAUUCACCUCCUGGGAGACCACUCACGCCUUCUUGUUGCAAGCAUUCCAGGGGCGCGUGGGGGUCUCGUAUGUGCAGCGGAGGGAAUACGGUCUCGCAGACUCCAACAAAAACUACAUCGAACCUAGCAAAUGGUCGAAGUCUGUGAGACCGGGCGCAACACUGAGGAUGAGCGCCAUCGUCCGCGACUUGGUGCCUCGCUGCCCGUACUGCGGGAUAUCAUCGACAAGCGACGAGUCGCGAUGCGGGGACAGUGGGAUCAUCUGUUCUAACGAACGUUGUGGGCGCCCCUACGAAACACUCCGAGAAGCAAAGCCCGAGGCCACCCAGUUGCUGUUCAUCACGGAUCCACAGAAUUCACUUGAUACGCCCUGUCCCGGUGGUUCUCUCCCGAAGUCUGAGGACGGAUCACGGAGCGCCAUCCAAAGGAUCAUGGUCAUCAUCCGAUCAACCAAUGAAUCGCCACUACUUCAAGACCUCGACGAGCAGAACUGCAGGCGUGAUGCCGUCUCUCGGCGAUGUCUGAACUGUCACACUGCGAAUCUCGAGUGCGACCGCAAGCGCCCAUGUUCCCACUGUGUCCGUCUGAACUUCACGGGUUUGUGCGCGUACGAGGUCGAAGAUCAUCCAGCGGCGCAACUCGACCCGACAGAGGCAGAGACGUCACGCCUGCGCGCACGCAUCGCCGAACUCGAAUCGCUUGUGCGCGUACUUCGCGGUAAACCACAUGAGUAG